GCAACACUGGUCGUCUGCAACUACACGAGUCUCUUGAGACAGUAAAUUUGUAAUUUGACAUGAGUUAAAAUAACAUUUAAGUCAAACAGAUGUGGAAAUUUUGAACAUUGUAUAUAUUUGAAAAUGAGUAGGUUGAAUUACGUUGAUAAAAUAAUUCUAGCUCCGAUGGUUCGUAUGGGUACGUUACCUUUACGUCUGUUAGCAUUACGAUAUGGAGCAGAUAUUGUUUACACCGAAGAAAUUGUUGAUAAAAAAAUGGUUCGAACUAAACGAGUUGUCAAUGAAAUCCUAGGAACUGUUGACUUUAUUGAUGAAUUUGAUGGAAGUGUGGUGUUUAGAACCUGCAAUGAGGAAUCCAGUCGUGUAGUUUUCCAGGUUGGAACAAGUGAUGCUGAACUAGCCCUUAAUGUAGCCAAACUUGUAGAAAAGGAUGUAGCUGGUUUUGAUGUUAACAUGGGAUGUCCUAAAGAAUUUUCCAUAAAAGGAGGAAUGGGUGCUGCUCUCCUCAAGCAGCCAGAAAAAGUUAAAGAUAUUUUGACAAAUUUAGUAUCAAACACAUCAAUUCCAAUCACAUGCAAGAUACGACUGCUGCCUACCAUAGAAGAAACAAUUAGUCUUGCCAACAUUAUUCAAAACUGUGGUGUUGCUGCAGUAGCAGUGCACGGAAGAACUAAAGAAGAGAGGCCUCAACACCCAAACAAUAAUGAAGCUAUUAAAACAAUAGUAGAGAACCUCAAAAUCCCUGUUAUUGCAAAUGGUGGUUCCAAGGAGAUCGAAACGUACGAGCAAAUCUUGCGUUUCCACAAGGCAACCGGCGCAUCGAGUGUGAUGAUUGCCAGAGCAGCUCAGUACAACAGUUCUGUUUUCCGCUCAACGGGUAAACUGCCGCUUGAUGAAGUGAUCCCGGAAUAUUUGAAGCUUUGCAUCGAAUACGACAACGUUUUCUCCAAUACCAAGUAUUGCGUUCAAAUGAUGUUGAGAGAUCUUCAGGAGACUCCAAUGGGAAAGCGCCUCCUGGAUUCAAAAGUAGAAGAAGAAAUCUAUCAAAUUUGGGGACUUUUUGAUUACUACAAGGAGAAACGGGAAGAGUUUAGGCAACAAUCGUUCAAACUAAACGUGACAUUACCGAGCAUGGGCCAUCUGGAACCGGCGAGCAAAAGGGCCAAAACCGAGUCGACCUAUUUUAGUCGGGUUUGCGAAGACAACGAGAUUAUCAAAGUCAUGAUUCCACUUCGAAAACCUUAUCAGAAGCAUAUUCUGCCUAAGACUGUUCUACAUGAGUAUGCUUGCAAAGCUCAACAUAGCAAACUUCCCCUUUAUCACUCAGAACAAGUUGAUAAGCUGUUUUUUUCAACCGUCGUCGUGGAAGGCCAACGAUACGCCAAUCGUUACUUGGAAAAAAAUAAACGGUCCAGCGAACAGGCGGCGGCCCUGGCUUGUUUACACGCCUUGAAUCUACUGCCAGCUGAUAUCAUCGAUGAAUUUCCUCAAUCCACCAAAUAGGUCUUGCUUACUCAAUGACCAGUAAGGAAUAAUAAAUUUCAAAAAAAAAACCUAACUUGUGGUAUUUCCCCUCUCCCCAAGAGGGGUUUUUACCUAUCCGACUUGUAAUCUCUGAUAACCUCGUUGGACAAAAAUUGAACCGGAAAAAUCGGGCUAAAACUGAAUGUUCCAAUAAACAAGAGAUAAGUGCAACAACCAUA